AUGCAUCUGUUCACCCUCAAGCAAAGGAAAAAAGAGCCGCUGAAGGAUUACAUUGCCCGCUUCAACGAGGCGGCGUUAUUAGUGGAAGAUUACGAUGACAAAAUGACGCUCUCAGCCAUGUUUAGCAGACUCAAAGGAAGGUUCACUUUCUCAAUCGGGAAGAAUGCACCGACUACCUUGGCAGAGCAUUUCAACAGGGCUCAGAAGUACACCAAUGCAGAGGAAUUCUCCAACUCCCGUAGGAACAUUCAAGCAACCGAAGUAUCGUCAAAGGAAAAAAGAUCAAGGAACAAAGAGCCUCAGUCAUCUAACAAAAACCCUGAUGACCAAGCCCCUUGUGAUCGCCGGCGGAGCCGGAGGCCCGAGGGCAAAUUCCAUUCUUACACUCCUCUCAACACUUCUACGGAGCAGAUUCUGUUAGAUAUUAGAGGCCAGAGACUCCUGAAUUGGCCUGUCUACAUGAAGACCGACGCGGAGAACCGAGACAGGCGCAAGUACUACAGAUUCCAUCGCGACCACGGCCACGACACUAACGACUGUGUGGAUCUCAAGGACGAGAUCAAGACCCUUAUCCGCAAGGGUCAUCUGCGCCGGUACACCAAGGAGGAGAGGUCAGCUCAGAAAGAAGAACGGCUGAGCAAAAUAGUGGAAGAGCCAGCGGAAAUUCGAACUAUUUAUGGGGGCUCAUCUGGGGUAGGCAAUUCGCACAGGGCUCAUAAAGCCCACUCUUGGAGUUCAGACCCCGAGCACUAUGUCAAUUUGGCUGAAAGGCUAAAGAAAGAGCUCCGUGUCAACCCCUGCAGCUUGACUUUCAUAGAGGAUGAUGCGCGUGAAAUCCAGCAUCCACACGAUGAUGCCCUCAUGAUGGCUAUGACCAUAGCUAACUGCAAAGUCUUCCGCAUCCUGGUUGACACAGGGAGCUCAGCUGAUAUCAUUUACUCCGAGGCAUUCGAGAGAAUGGGUAUCGAUAGGUCGCACCUCCGACCCGUGAAGACUCCUCUACACGGCUUUGCCGGGGUUAAGGUAAUCUCCGAGGGAGCCAUCUCCCUCCCAGUAAUAACGGGAGAAGGAAAGCACCAGGUCACGCUUCUAGUAGACUUUCUGGUCGUCAAUAUGCCAUCGGUGCAUAAUGUCAUUCUGGGACGACCCUCCCUUAAUGCAAUGAGGGCAGUUGUGUCCACAUACCACUUAAUAAUGAAGUUCCCCGCAAAAGGUGGGAUCGGAUACCUCCUAGGAGACCAGCGUGAAGCUCGGAGAUGCUGUGCAAUAGCUGUGAGGAAAGGAUCAGUGAAACAGGCCCUCACCGUCAAUAUCCUCGACAUCACGAAAGAUCCCCCCAAGGACUUGGAGAUCAUCCAGCUCGAAGAAACCGACCCAAGUAAAAUUGUUCAACUCGGGACAUCGUUGAAUUCCGAGCAGAGAUCUCAAAUGCUAACUUUCCUACGACAGCACAGAGAUGUAUUCGCGUGGUCACACGAAGAUAUGCCAGGAAUCUCUCCCAAUGUUAUGGUCCACAGGCUGAAUGUGGAUCCGGAUCAUAAACCAGUGAAGCAAAAAAGAAGAGCAUUCGAUGCUGAGAGGUAUGCAGCAAUAGCCGAUGAAGUUUCUAAGCUCCUCAGCGUCGAUUUCAUUGAAGAAAUCCAUUAUCCAGACUGGAUCGCCAACAUGGUCCUAGUGAAGAAAGCAAGCGGGAAAUGGCGAGUCUGUGUCGACUAA